AUGGAAACUACUACAAGACAAGCUCAAACGAUUCAAGAAACACAAAGUAUUAGCCAAUCAUGGCAGCAACUAUUACGAACUCAUACACAAGAAGUUUUGGUAAAAGACACCAUUCAACAAGAACAAAUAUCGCAGUUACAUCUAGAGAAAGUUGGUUCUCCCCGUCUGAUUAGAAAAGAACCAUCCAGUUCGGGAAAUCGGAAACAAGUAAAAGACCGAAAAUCUAGCACAGAAUUACCAAGUCAAGAAACACCAGGUCAACGGAACAUAGAACUUAACACAGAAUUACAAAGCCAAGAAACACAACGACAGCAAAACUCAGAACCUGACAGACAGUUACGAAUUCGAAGCCAAGAAUGUCGAGCACAAGUUUCAAUUAAUCGCGUCAGGCAACAGGAACAACUGCCACCUCAGGAGAAAUUUAACGUAGAUCAACCGAAGGCAAAAGGAACCAAGUCACCAACGUUAGUAAGACAAUGUUAUGUCGAAACUGAGAUUCCAAAUAGUAAUCAAAAUCGUCAGCAGCAAUUAAGACCUUUAGUUAUACUUAAACAAAAAGAUGACAAUCAUAACAUCAAAGACCAAGACGAUUUCUACAAGAUUUACAAGAGUCCAAAGAAACGAAAGAGAAAUCGUGCCUCAGUCUAA